AUGAUAGAUGAAGCUGGGCAUCCGAGUAUCCUCAAUUCAGUCGCGUACUGUUGGACCGAGGCAAAGCAGGCUGUCCUUCAAUGCCGUGGGUCCAACCACCUUGACUCUUUCCAAUCAAUCACCAAGCGCAGCACCGCAUCAAGGGGCCGGCUCGCCCGCUUGCCUCUUGAAAUCCUCAAUAAAAUCCUGUUCGAGCUCGAUGUUGAAAGCCUUGGCUCCAUAAGACUUCUCAAUACUUGGUUUAAAGACGUUGUUGACUCGCUCCCGGCCUACAGAGCACUCGCCAUAUAUGCCACGCAUGCCCUUCGGGCUCUCACGGUUACCAACAUGCUCUCCCAACACAGUGUUGGACACUUGUACGAUACUCUGACCAAGAGCCGGUGCACUACAUGUUCGAUGAGCUUGGGACCUUUUUUGUUUAUCCCAACUGGUCGCCGGUACUGCUAUUGUUGCAUCAAAACUCAUCCCCACAUGCAGAUGCUGACAUACACGUCAGCCAAAAAACUCUUCAGGCUGAGCAAAAAAGCCCUGAAGCAAAUUGCAAUCAUUGCCACUGUUCCGGGAACUUAUGGAUUGUCCCGAAAACCUCACAAGAGACGGACUCGAAUUGUGAGCGUAGACGCGGCUACCCAGCUCGCUAUUAUGAUUUACAGUAGGGAUGUAGCGGAGAGUAUCAUAAUGGAUUGGUACUGUACCCGGCAUCCCGACCCGAACAAUACUCUCCGCUUCAUGGCUUGUACUCCAUUCCCGUACCUAGAUGCACAACAGCAUCGUAGCCAAAAGCUUGUGUACUGCCAUGGAUGCGAGUACGAUUGGUACACAAGUAGUGAGGACUACUCUCCGGGCUAUUCGCCUAUGGAUUUGUUUAUCAAGCAAGGCUCUUCCUUCACAGAGGACAAGUUUCUUGCUCAUUAUGAAGAAUGCGGGUCCGCGAAGAUGCUCUACAAGGAGUAUAUUUUGAAAGGCAGGAGGCUAGAGGAGUCCGUCACAGGCAGAAUUUUCCGGACAUAA